AUGGUGUUCCAAGGUGUAUCAUUAGCCGGUGGUGUCUCAUUGGCCGCGCCACACAAGAAUUUCCGAAACAGCUGUAACAACACCAUCGCCUCUGUCACCAAGAAUGGCAAAAUUCCCUUCAUCAACACCAACGACAUCGCAGAAGCCACCUUCGAGGCCCUCCUCGCUGAGCAGAGCGCGAACAGCGACUUCUAUGUUGUUGGCCCCGAGUUGCUCACGUACGACCGGGCAACUGAAAUUCUGAGUGAGAUUAUUGGGCAUAAGAUCACCCACGUCCACAUCACAAACGAGCAGGAGCAGGGGUUCUUCAGGUCAAUUGGAAUGUGGCCAGAAUAUGUCGCUAUGUUGAACGGCAUGGAGGCCGUCAUUGCCCAUGGCGCUGAGGAGAAGUUGGUCGGCACAAGCAAGACGAUCACGGGCACCCACAAGCUCCGUGACUACUUCGAGGCGAACAAGGCGCUCUGGAUUAAGUAG